UGUCGGUCUUUAAGUAUCUUAUAGAUGGUAGUAGUUGAAUCGAGGUCUCACUAAAGUGCUAACAUUCGACAAGGAAGAAAUUGUGAAGAACACGUGGUGAAGAAGAGUAGUUUUUCAUGUACUUUCAACUAUUUUUAUUAUCGUAUAAGUGAGUUUCGACUUGAUCUUCCGGCGAAGGAAAUAAUAAGAGCGUUCCAAAUAAGUUCUCUACGAGAGAAAAAGAAAAAGAAAAAGCAUUUUUUAUUUUUCCUUGCCGACACAAAAUCGCGUUACUAUCAUGUCGUUUUCGGGAAAGUUUUAUUCUCCGGAAGACAUAGAGAAGAGAAAUUCAGAAACAACUAACGAAAAAGAAGAUAUGCAGAAAUAUGAGAAGAGAAUCUUGCAGUGUAUUCUAGCGGAAAAAAUAAUUCCGAUGGAUCUUAAACAUUGGCCGUUCUUUCAUUUGCUAAAGCCGAAAUUUAUCUCACAAAUUCACAUGGUUAUGUUAUAUGGUAAGAUUGAAAAUUGUAAUAAUGCUAUAAUUGUGACGAAGGACAAAACUGUUUACAGUUUAAAUUAUAAUAAAGAUGAGCAUUCAAAGAUUGGUGACACACAUAUUGUUUUCCACUUAAAAAAGAUAGAAGAAUUGUGUGGGAAAAACAUAAAGACAUUUGUUCAUAGCUUUAGUUUUGUCCUAGCACUUACAGAAGAGGGAGAAAUUUAUUUUUGGGAGUUCAUGAAACGCGAAUCGAAUGAGAGAUUCGUCGCGUCACCUAUUCGUGUCUCUGGAUUUAGCACGAAACGUAUCGUGGACAUUGCAUGCGGCAAUCAUCAUUUUCUCGUUUUGACCAGCGAUGGAGAAGUAUAUGCUUGGGAAGACAAUAUUUAUGUGCACGAUAUUAGAGACAUUGCUAAUUUUGAUGGUAGUGUGAGACAAGUAAAUGGAUUGGAGAAGAAGAAUGUUGUCCGUAUCGCGUGUGGUUCAUGUUUUAGCAUAAUUGUAACUGACGAAAAUAAAUUAUACGGUUGGGGCGAUAAUCGAGGCGGUCAGAUUUCAAUCUUCCAAACGGAAAAAUACAUAUUCCCACGCGAAAUUAUCACAAUCUCGGAUAAAAUAGUUAAGGUCGUAUGCGGAUGCAUGCAUACGUUAGUGCUCACAAAUAAAGGAAACGUGUAUGCCUGGGGCAAUAAUUGUGUUGGACAAGUGGGCGUAAAUAAAGGCAGGAAACCCUUCGGUCCCAUCAUGGUGAACGUGCCUCAGAUGGGAAAGGUUUUGAAUAUUGACGCCUUUAAUGAUAUGAGCGUUGCGGUCGGCUAUGAUGGGACUAUCUAUGUAUGGGGUGUCUUUCAUUACAAUUAUUUUAUUUCUAUCCCCAUGCCCACGAAGUUUUCGAGGAUUUUUGAGGCGUUUGCGCACAGUCUGUGGAGAAGCAUGCAUAAGCCGUUAAUUAUGCAUGAUUCUUUACACACUGUGCGAGUUACGAAUAAUUACAAUUACAAGUAUAUUGAAGAAAUAUUAAAUAUAUUAGAAUCCCUAGGAGCAGCAUUUAAUGAUCCGUUGACGAGCGAUCUUACCAUACAAGUCAAAGGACAACCUAUUUACGUUCACAAGACAAUUCUUAAUAUUCGUUGCCAGUAUUUCAGAAACAUGUUUCACCAUGAUUGGUUGGUUGAAGAUGUUCAAAGUACAUCGGAUCCAUCACCAGUAUACACCAUAUCGGAUAAAUUUUCUUACAUCGUUUAUAAAGCCUUCUUGAAAUACUUGUACACCGGCACAAUCGAUUUACCUUUGAAGAACACAUUAGAGCUUAUGGAAUUGGCCCAGAUGUAUUGUGAAACCAAUCUUAAAAAAGAUUGCAGUCAGAUAAUAAAGCAAACCGUCACUGUGUCAAAUGUAGAAUUCUUGUAUAACAAAGCGAUCGCGUAUAAUGCUAAAGAACUCGAGGAGUUCUGCUCCCAGUUUGCUUUGCAUCACAAAACAGAUAAGAGAUUAUCGGAAGAUGAUAAUAAAUUAGAUAUGAGUAUUCAUUAUAAUAAAUUAGAUAUGAGUACUCAGGCUAAGUGUACACACAGAUCAGCGAUAGAAAAUGACAUUUCUAUCAUGCCGUCGACAUUCCAUUCCCCGAAUAAAAAUGUAGAGAAGAGAAAUUCAGAAACAACAACUAAAAAAAAUGAGAUGCAACAAUGUGAGAAGAGAAUUUUGCAAUGUGUUCUAAGGGAGAAGAUAAUUUCAGCAGAUUUUCAAAGUUGGCCAUUCUUUCAUUUCCUAAAGUCGGAAUUUAUCUCACAAAUUCACAUGGUUAUGGUAUAUAAUAUCGAAGUUAAUGUGACUAUAAUUGUGACGUUGGACAAAAAUGUCUAUAUCUUAUAUUAUAAAGAGGAAUAUGCAAAGACUGGUGACAUACACACUGCCCUCCCCUUAAAAAAGAUAGAAGAAUUGUGUGGAAAAAACAUAAAGACCUUUGCAUACAGUUAUAAUUUUAUCAUGGCGCUUACAGAAGAGGGAGAGGUUUAUUUCUGCGAAAUCGAAAAAGGUACCCUUUUCAUUCGUGGAAACAUAUCCUUUAUGCGAGUGGCCGACUUAAACGACGAGCGUAUCGUAGACAUCAGAUGCGGAUUUUAUAAUUGUCUCGCUCUGACUAGCCAUGGACAGGUGUAUGCUUGGGGAAAAUCUAUUAAUAAGCACAUUUAUAACGCAGAUUUUUUGAAUGGUAGUGUGAGGCAAGUAAAACAUGAAUUGGAGAAGAAGAAUAUCGUUCAUAUCGCAUGUGGUGAAAAAUUCAACAUGGCUGUAACUGACGAAAAUAAACUUUAUGGUUGGGGCAUGAACGAUAAAGGCCAGAUUUCAACCGUACCUUUGCAAGAACAAUACGUGCACCCACACGAAAUUACCACAUUCUCGGAUGAAAUAGUUAAAUUAGUUUGUGGAUAUCAGCAUACAUUGGUGCUAACAAGAAAUGGAAAGAUCUAUGCUUGGGGCAACAACAAUUUUGGACAAGUGGGUGUCAAUAAAAAUCGGAAACUCUCCAGUCCGACUGUGGUGAACGUCCCCGAGAUGGGAAAGGUUUUGGAUAUCGCUGCUUAUGGUAACUUGAGCGUAGCUGUCGGCAAUGAUAGGACUAUCUACAUGUGGGGUCAAUUUUAUUACAAUUAUUAUACUACUAUCCCGUUUCCUACGAAGUUUUCGAACAUUUAUGACGCGUUUGCGUACAGUUUGUGGAAAAUCAUGUACAAGCCAUUGAUUAUAUUUAAGAAUAAUUUCAAAUAUGUUGAAGAAGUAUUGAAUAUAUUGGAAUCCCUAAGAGCAAUAUUCGAUGACCCGUUGACGAAUGAUCUUACCAUACGAGUCGAAGGACGACCUAUUUAUGUUCACAAGGCUAUCCUUAAGAUUCGUAGUCAGUAUUUUAAAAACAUGUUUCAACAUGAUUGGACUGAAAAUAUUCAAAGUAUAUCGGAUUCAAUGUACACCGUAUCGGAUAAAUUUUCUUACGUCAUUUAUAAAGCCUUCUUGAAAUAUUUGUAUACCGGCAUAAUCGAUUUACCUGCGGAGAACGUAUUAGAACUCAUGGAAUUGGCCAACAUGUAUUGUGAAACCAAUCUUAUAAAAGAUUGCAGUCAGAUAAUAAAGAAAGUCAUCACUGUGUCAAAUGUAGCAUUCUUCUUCAAUAAGGCGAUCGAAUGCAAUGCUAAGGAACUCGAAGAAUUCUGCUUUCAGUUUGCUUUGCGUCACAUGGAAGCUGUAGUAGUAUCGGAAGAGUUUAUUAAAUUAGACACGAGUACAAAGGAUAAUUUUAUGCGUAGAGCAGCUAAAGGAAAUAUUUUCGGUAUAUGAUUCUUUCGACAAAAAUUUCGAACGAAAUCGCAGAUCGUUUUAAAUAAACAU